AUGCCUCCAAAGAUUAAAAUAAUUACAGGUCCAAUCGGUUCUGGAAAAACAACAAUUUUAAAUAGAAUCAAAGAGUCAUAUGAAAGAAAAGAAAUCUUUAUUGGUCAAAAGGUUGGAUUUUUUGGUGAACCUACUGAUUCCACUGUAGCUAAUGCUCUCCUAAAGGAUAUGUACUCAAAGUUUCCAUUUGCUAAUGAUCAGUUUGAAACUUUACAAAAAUACCUAAUGGCUGUGGAAGCUAAUGAUUUAUGUAAUGCUUUGUCAUCGUCAGAGUAUGAUAUUGUUUACUUUGAUACAUCGGUUUUGUAUGGAGUUGUAUUUUUACAAACUGCUAAUGAUUUGAAAAUCAUAAACAAUCAAACCUAUUCAAAUUGUCUAACGUUUUACUAUCAAAUGAUUUCAAAUAUUAAUUUCGAAAAUGCUGAAGUAACCAAUUUAAAAGUCAUACCACACAUAGGUGUAUGGAGCAAAUUAACCAAAGAGGUAGAGCCUUUGAAGUCGGUAAUGUCUACAUUUGCCGAUCUUCGUUCUGUUUCAGGUGGCUUACUAGGUGGUAUGGGUAGUAUUGGUGUUGCCGCUCUUGGUGCCUACUUUAUUUAUACAAGUGAAAUUGGAAGCGUUGAUUUCAAUAUGGGUGUUGGUUUUGCUGCCUUUGGUUGUCUCUUAGUCUCAGAUCAUUAUUCAAAAUAA